ACACAUAACACAAUUGUAUUUCCAGCAACCCAGAAGUUAGCUCCUUUUGAGUUAAUGGGACUUAUUUCAAAGUAAGUGUGUCUAAGGUUCUCCAGUAAAAAGAGCAGUGGGCACAGGUUCUAAUGGAGGGAAGACCUACCUCUCCCCGAAUCAGAGCUGCGGGUGUGCCAGGGGGCAAAAUUUAAAAUUUUCAAAAAAAAUUGUAUUGAAGAACCUCUAAUUUAUCUAGCAAAAGAUCAUCCCCCUCCCCCCCAAACUGCCACACCAUAUAGAAUUGGGGCAACUACCGUACCCUGGUAAAUUUUCAGAGCUGGGUCAACUAAACAGCCCCCCGCUGUGUGAAAGACUUUAAGAAUGGCUCCAAUCAUUCUUAAGGCCAUUCCUUUAGUUUCUUUCACAUGAGCUUUGCAACAGAGGUUUUCCAUAAAAUGAAUGCUAAGGCAUUUAAAUUCCUUGCAUUGCUCAAUCUGAUGACUGUCAAUAAACCAUUGAGAAGGGGGAGUGUUUCUUUACAAAUGCUGUCACUUUUGUUUUGGCUUCAUUGUGCAGGAGCUUGCCUCUCCUUUUUGUCUCCAGUUUGGUGCCUGCUCUCUUUUGUUCCUUUCAUUGUGCAAUAGUCACUAAGCUUAGACAACAGCCACAACAAUACACAAUGAGCUUUAAACCAGGACUGUAAUGAGACUUUUUUUUACACAGUGAGGGGGCCUAAGAGAAUCAUUGCACCGUAACUGGAACAUAAACAGUGGUAGACUGACAUGUUUUGAGUUCUGUAAUUGCUUGACUAUAAUUACAAUUAUAAUAACAUUAAGGAAGAAUCCAGCUUGCAUGCUUUGCCGACUGCCGUGUGUUGCUGCAAGAUGGCCUUUUAAAGAAGGAUCAAAGGGGCAUGGUGUUUGGGGAAAGGCCAAGAACUGGCUACAACAUCUGCUUUGCAUGCAGAAUAUACCAAGUUCAAACGCAAGUGUCUCCAGAAAGAUGUUUUUCUACAGGCAAUUAAGUUGCUAUGAGCCAUGCUAUGAGCCAUGCUAUCAGCCGUGCUAUCAGCCGUGCUAUCAGCCGUGCUACCAACCUUGUGACUAUGGCUAUGGCAUUGAUUAUUCCAGGGGAGUGCGCUGCUAUGACCCUUGCAGCAGUUAUGGCAGUUGUGGUUACAAUUCCGGCAUCAGCGGUAACAGCUCUGGUGACUACAGCUAUGCCUCUGGCUCUGGCACAACAUGCAUGCCACCAUGCAGCUACGGUUACCGGUACAGCCAGAGAGGGAGCUGCUAUAUGCCCUGUGGCUACAGAUAUGGGUACGGAGCUCGAGUCAACUCGCUUUCCUCCAGCAGCAGAAGAUCUGGCAGGAACUAUGGACGACCCUGCUAAGCCCAGCUGGGACCUCCAUGGGGUUGAAGAUGAAGAAACAAAUCCAUGGCUAAACACAGGUUGGCCCAAGGUUUCAAAAAGGCUGAGGAGCGAUGACCUCCGUUGGUUUGAUGAAAGAUUUAGGCACCGAGCACUUCUGAAACACUGACCCGGGACUCUCUUUUUCCAACGUCGAGAAGGAUGCAACCCGGUGGCCAUCUUUGUUUUCUCCCGCUGACUACCACAUCUUUCCAAGACUCACGGUGAAACAAGCCCCUUGCCUUUCUGAUUUAUGACUCCACCUGGAGAGAUGGGCGGAAGUUGGUUGAAGGAACAGAAAGACUGAACUGAAAGGUUGUCCAGCUGGAAUAACAAACAUUUAUCUCAUUGUCACACUUUUCUGUGUCAUCCAAUAAAACUCAUGCUUAGCACCAAA